CAGAGAUAUGCAGUUACUGGCAGCAAAUCAAUAUUAGAUGCGGAUGACAGGCAGUAAAAUAUGACGAUCAUAAAGACGUUGUGUAGGAUUUCUGUGUGGAAAACGAAGAGUCAAGGCCAAAGCCAAGACAUGAAUAGUACUGUCAGCUCCAAAACAUGAAAUUCUUCUUUUUCUAUCAUGGAAUUAGAAUCGGCGAUUGUUGAAGAUUCGGCUGCAACACUUUAUCCAUUUGCGAGUGAUCAAACUCUUGAAUCAUUGUAUUGCAACAAUUCCCAGCUAGACCAUGUUGAUGCACCAAACGGAAGCGCCGUAUUCUGUAAUGUUACGUGGGAUGGAGUUUCCUGUUGGCCGGCAACUCUGGCCGGAAAUACAGCAAUGGUCCCUUGUUUUUCUGAACUUAACGGUGUCAAGUACGAUGUAAGUGGAAAUGCCAGCAGAGAAUGUCUGAUGAAUGCCAGUUGGUCAAGCUGGGCAAAUUAUCGCUCUUGCACUCCUCUGAAGAUUCCAGAAGAUGAAUAUUUGCAGGUACUAUGGGACAUGCGUGACGCUGUCACUGUUUACUAUGUUGGCUAUGGUUUUUCACUCAUUGCGCUGAUUCUUGCCUUGUGGAUUUUUAUAUAUUUCAAGUGAGUUUUAA